AUGGACUUGGCCGACACGUACAUCACAUUCGUGCGUCAGAACCAGGACAUCCUGCGAGACCGGGUCAACGACGAGCAGUACACUGAGAAGGUUUUCGAUGAAGCACCGCUCUCCUCAGGUUGGCUCAGCGUGGGCCAAAAAACUCUCUCCAACCAGCCCGACUUCACGCUGUCAGCCUCCUCCUCACGCAGCCACACACACAUCAGGCUGGUCCUUUGCUAUAGAAUGUAA